AUGGGUCGCGGCAGGCCGAAGAAGAAGGCGGUUUUGACCACCCCGACGAGAACUCGAGUUAUCUCGUCACCAUCAGGAACGAAGACUAGCAGUAGCAUUUUGAAGGGGAAAUCACCAACACCAAGCCUUGAAAUCAUUGUUGAAGAACCGAAAGGUAAGGAACUAGGUGAGAGUGAGAAAAUUGGACCUACGAUAGAAAAUGCAGGAACCCCACAACUCUGGGUGGAUGUGAUUAAAGGGAAUCGACUCCCCUCGAGUGGCAGAGAAAUUGAGUAUACGGUGCCUAAAGUUGUUAAUGGAGAGAUUGAAGUUCAACUAGAGGAGCAAGACCUUGUAUCAGAAAUGAAAUUCUCGGAACACGCUCUUAUCAUGUAUGCACUAGGGGAUGAACUUUCAAUGAAUGGAGUUAGAAAAUUUAUGAUGAAUUACUGGAAUUUUGUGACCCUCCCGGAGCUCUACUAUAACGAGGAAGGAUUUUUCCUCAUCAGAUUCAAGUCGAAGGAGGAUAUAGAUGAGGUGCUGAUGCGAGGCCCAUAUACUAUCUACAAGAAACCUAUGCUGCUUCAUGAAUGGACUCCAGAUUUCACUCUGCAAGAUGAUAUAUUGCGUGUCCUUCCCAUCUGGGUUACAUUCCCCCAAUUACCUCUAAUGAUGUGGGGUGACAAAAGCAUAGGCAAGAUAGCGAGUGCUUUAGGGAAACCUGUCAUGGUUGAUGAGUGCACUGCUAAGAAACUACGAGUUACCUAUGCUCGAGUCCUGAUUGAGGUGGAUGUUACUAAUGAGCUGAAAAAUUAUAUAAACAUUAGGGAUCCCAGUGGAAAGCUCUUGAGCCAACAAGUUGAUUAUGAGUGGAGACCUCCAUUUUGA